ACCCUUCACCUUCCUUGUCGCCCUCCUUUGGAGGCUCCCUGAUAGUUUUAGGGCUCUCUCAUACUGAGGCACCCACACCUGCGCCCAGCGCUCGAGGUGAGGCCGCAGCAACGCAGAGCAGAGUCCCCCAUGCCUGGACACGGGCCAGGCCCUCACGACACGGCCAUGACGUGCUGAGCACAACCCCGGUUCCCACCACGUUGCUUCCCCAGCGGCAAUCCUAUGGAAAAGAGCCUUCUAAAACACUGACGAGCAGACACCGUGAAUGUUCUCUGCAAUUUAUUGAGAAUGGCAACAUCCCAAGGACAUAUCACACACAGAAAGGAAAGAAGGGGGCACAGUACAUCUGGUUCCAUGUCACAGCAGGCCUAGCACAGAAAAGCAAGCUUGGUUCUCUUUGCAAAGAGUCCACGUGGGCAGGAGGUGUCAGCAGGUACCAUGGAGCAAGGGCAAGUGGAGCCCAAAGCCACAGCUUGAGAGUGCUCCUGCACCCAGCGGGGGACACCGGGCAUGUAAAGCUGCCCAGGUGCUUCACCCCGGGACGAUUUGUCCCUCUGGUCGCCUGCAGAGAGGCUGCUCGCUCCCCGGCUCUGCCAAGGGAGGAGUCCACUUGCCCCUGCCUGCCAUGCCCCGCAGCACAAGUGAAUGGAAGCACCAGGAUGUACUGCAUGCAGAAGCACCCCGGGGAUACGGCCAUCUAGGAAGCAACCUGACGGAAUAGGCACAGAGAGUGUUUUUAUACACAUUUGCCACAAGGCAGCCAGAAAUGUACAAGGCAGCAAGAAAGGCAGAGCAUUUUCCUCCUUUAAAUCAGCUCUCCGCACUGGGUAUCCACACGAGAGACUUUUCUUUGCUCAGUUAUUCAUCGCUGGGCAUGGGGCUAGCGAGCAGCGUGGCACAGCCACAAGGCUCCCUUCCUGCAAAGGAGCCCGGAGGACCAGCGGGUACGUGGUGGGCCAAGAGGGACACAGUUCGUUUCCUUGUGGGAUACCGGAGUCGGAUUUAAGGAGGCUGGGCUGCUGCCAGGAGAGGGGAGGAGAAGCUUCUUUUGUUUCCCGAUCUGGCUUCAGGGCUCAGAACCUCACUCCUGAAGACUUGACAGAGGUGGUUGUGACACAUCUCCGGACAGAGGAGGAUCCCCCGCCAGAGCUGAAGUUGCCACCUCCAGACGCGCACAUCCUUCCACUUCCAGAAGAGAAGCCUCCGCUGUACAUUCCUCCUCCCAUGCCACAGCUGCCUCCAGAGCUUCCACCUCCAAAGCCUCCUCCUACUCCACAUACACCUCCUCCCAUUCCUCCUCCCAUGCCGCUGCCGCCGAAGCCUCCUCCCAUGCCGCUGCCGCCGAAGCCUCCUCCCAUGCUGCUGCCGCCAAAGCCUCCUCCCAUGCCGCUGCCGCCGAAGCCUCCUCCCAUGCCUCCUCGGCCUCCAGUGAUGGUGGUCCUGCCUACCACAGCUGGAAGAGAAGCACAGGUUAUGCAUGGGGCCGUGGCAGGUUGCCUAUCCAAAAUACACAGCCCACUGCUCCUCCACAAGGAAACACCUGUGGAUACUUACAGACAUUCACGUUGGACAUGCCAUCAUUGCAAAGCCUGAAAAAGGAAAAUAGUAAAUUUUAAUAGCCUAACAAAAGAGACAUCUUAUAUAUUGAAAAGUUAAUUUUCA